AUGGAUCAGAACGAAGACCUCAAGCUUCUAUAUACAGAUACGCAGCAUUUCAAUGACGUACUGAUUUCUUCGUUUCUCUUCAAGAAGUCCUCAUCUAGUGCAGCUACUAACAAGCUCGCAAGCGAUCACAAGCAAUCCGCGCCAGGCACAAGUUCUCCAGAUAUUGGGGGCUCGCAUCAUUGGUUCAUGCGAGGUGGGUUUCACAAAUACUGGUGCGUCCUUAGAAGAGGGCAGUUCAGCUACUACAAAGACAAGAAUGAAAGGAAGCCCGUAGACGUCAUCCCAGCCGACCAAGUCCUUGACUUCCGAGUUCGAAUGGACGAAUACAGGUUAGAUUUCUACACAAAGCAGAAAACUAUCUCGUUUGGGUCGGAGUCACAAGAAGUUCUCCGAGGCUGGGAUGCGGCUCUGCAGGAGUUCGUCUCAGAUAGACGAAGGUCGUCAUUACCAAUGAGAAUAUACGAUUCUGGAAAUGAUGAGAACGAUAAUGAAUGCAUAUGUGAAGAUGACGAUGAUGAUUUUGAGAUAUUGUCAGAAGCCCAGCCUCAGGACCCAGAAAAGGAGCGCGACCGUAACGUUUGGUCAUCCUUUAAAGUGCCUGAUGAGGACCGGGAAUUUUACGCAAUUUACAAUCCAGAGCAGCCAAAACGCGUAAUUCAGACUGGAACUCUACUCUGCCGGGUGAAGAAGAGACUUGGGAGGAAGACUUGGAAAAGAGUCAAUGCCGUUCUAGAAAAUACCAGUUUACUUAUUGAAUCGGUAUCCUCUGGGAGACUGUACAAAAAGAUUGAUUUGAAUGGAGUUGUAGACUGCGUUGAGGACGAAAAAUCGCGGUAUGAUACAGGGUUUGCCGUUAUCACCUACGAUGAGCGCACGAAGUUUCGUGCUCCUAGUGAACAAGACACAAUUGAAUGGAUCAUGAACCUGAAAAGUUGUGUAUUGGUAAGAAAAAAGUUGGAGGAACUUAAGAGUUUGUGCGAGGCUUGA